AUGUUGGCUUUUUUGGUGGUAUUGCCAGUAAUUGGGGCACUUCAAGCCGAUCAGUUUUCAGCACAGGCCACCUUGCGGAAUAAAGCCGAAAUUGCUAACUGUGGACGAUCUUUCAUCGAUGAGAUAUUUGGAGAUAUAGUGCCGGACAACGAAUAUCGAGAAAAGAUGCUUCAAGUUGGAAAAAUAGAGACAUGCGUUAACGAAUUGUCCACAGACACAGUUUUCAGAGAAAACCAUCUCAGGUUGCCGGAUGAUGACGAUAUCUCCGAUUUUAACGAGUACAAGCCGUUAUACUCUGGAAUUGUGACUUUUGCUCACUUGCCAGAAGCCAACUGCUUUUUUGAUGAUCACGUGAAAGCAGACAUUGCCAUAGUUGGAGCUCCAUAUGAUUCUGGAGUAUCAUAUUGCCCUGGAGCAAGAUUUGGACCCAAUGGAGUUCGGCAAGGUUCUAGAAGGCUUGGUGGUGGAUUAACGCCAAUAAGAGGCAACUAUGCAGGCUCUAAGUUAAGGAAUCUCGAUCCAUAUCAUGCGAAUCUCAGCAUAGUGGACUGUGGAGACGUUCCUAUGACUCCGUUUGACUCUCGGGUGGCUUUAAAUCAGCUUUAUAGAGGUGAGAGGAGAAUACACUCGCUAGGAACACCAGAUAAAGGCUCUAAAUUAUACUCUAGGGAGCAUCCUAGAAUUAUCACACUUGGUGGAGAUCAUACUGUAACAUUAAUGAACCUCAGAUCGGCAUAUGAGGCUGCAGAAAACGAAAGUUUGGCAGUAAUCCAUUUUGACGCACAUAUUGACACUUGGAACCCGAAAGUGUUAGGUGGAGGAAUUAGCAAGUAUGCGAGCUUGAACCAUGGCACAUUUCUUCACUACGCAAGUGAAUACGGUUACGUUUCGGCCAACCAUUCGAUACAUGUUGGGACUCGAGCUCCGUAUAUCGAUCCAAGCGAUAUUCGACAUGACAAGGAUUGCGGCUUUAAGAUGAUUACUUCUAAGGAUGUAUACACCCUGACACCACGGGGUGUGGGAAGAAGAAUCAAAGAAAUAGUAGGAAGCAGCAAAGUCUACAUCACUUUUGACAUGGAUACAUUUGACCUUCCGUAUGUUAAUUCCGGAACUCUCGAAGCAGGAGGACUUACACCACGUGAAGUACAAUUUAUAUUGGAUGAAUUAGAGGGAAUCAAUCUUAUUGGAUGUGAUGUCGUUGAGGUUAGUACUCCUCCUAAUAGUGCAAACUCUGAUAACACUGGACUUUUGGCUGCUCAGGUGAUUGAUUCAUUUCUGGGCUUAAUGGCUGUGACUGAAGUGUGA